AUGGAUAAGCACUUCCCCAAUUCACUCGUCCCUCUACUUUGCGUUGGAGGCGCUUAUUCGCUGAGUCAGAGCCACCAAUUAGCCUCGGAUAAAUUCGCUAAUCCGGACAGCCCAGCGCAGUCAUGCCCACUGUUUGAUGACGCAGUAGAUUUUCCUACAGGCGACGGAAGGAGCUGCAUGAAUUUGCACGCAUUCGUGGCGCUUUGGGUGGCAGCCAUUUUGAUGGCCGUUCUUGAAGCGGCUCCGAAACCCUUGGGUCCUCCGAAUGCUGCUCUGCCAAGCGUCAGUGGAGGAAUUCAGAUCCUGUGCAGAACGUUGCGCGGAAGACUUCGUCAAAAUGGUCGCCCGAUCAUCCUGCACUAUUCCUCCUUAUCACAAGAAAACCGAGUCAACUCAAUGCAUCCCAGUACAAUGCCCCGCCCACAGAAGUAA